AUGAAUAGAGAUGACGCUGACAGUGUAGAAGAUACCGAAAUCGUGGUGGAGGUGGUGCCCACCACGGGAGGAAGCUUCGAAAUCAGACUGGACGCCACCGCGACAGUGGAAGAACUGCGCUGGCGAGUAGCCAGAAAAGUCCAAACGCCACGCGAGCGGCUUACCCUGCUCAGCAGAGAAAGAGUUUUGAAGACCGGCCGCCUCGACGAGCUUGAAAUUCGCGAUGGUUCGCGGAUUACGCUCAUUCCGCAGCUCGAAGCUGGUUUUUCGACCGGGCAGCAAGGAACCGAACAAUCCGUCGUUCAGGCAAUCGAAUCACUCUCCGAGCAACAGGUCGAUGAUUUUCUAUCAGGAAGAAGUCCUCUUACUCUCGCUCUCCGCGUGGAAGAUCACAUGAUGUUCGUCCAGCUGCAGCUUGAGCAAUCUGAAAGAAAACGUCGAUCUACGAAGCGCCAGUCACGCGAGAAGGCAGAUUCCACAGACCCGAAAAUCGCGCGUACCCAAAAUGGAACAAGCGCACCACAAGACCCAAGAAGACCUUCUUCAAGUCAGGAGAAGCCAUCAACAUCCCGCCUUCCUCAACAAGCCCCUCCUCCUAAUGCUGCUAUCCCAGGCCCUUCGAAUCGAAAUCCAGGACUUGUUCAGCCCGUCCUAAGCCCCGAGGAAUGGACGAGGUACCGCGCAGAGCUUCACCGAUUCCACCAAAUGAUUCUCCCCGGUCAUCAGCCAAAUUGUAUAGUUUACCCCCAUCAAAUGGUGUCCGAGCUGCGUAGCCUAGUCGCCGAGCAACAGCGUCAAUCGGUGCGCCACCACCACCAGCAAAUCCACCAUCAGAUGGCUGCGGCAGCUGCUGCUCACCGAGCCGCCACCGCGGCUCAAACCGCCAAGCAUCGAGCAGCGCAAGCCGCUUCUUCUCAAACCCCGACUCAAAGCAAACACAACCAAACCGCCUCAGCUUCAUCAUCCAAGACGCCGUCGACCAUUCCAUCAGCGUCGCCUGUGUCAUCAGCAACUGCUACCUCAAAGAACACCCCUACCCCUCAACAAAACCAUUCAACAGCACCUAACCCCAAGCAAGCUUAUCCGUUAAUACCUACCCAGCCCACGAGAUCCGGCAAAUCCCAGCAGAAACCCCGAUCUCAAUCAAAGUCGACCUCAGCACCGAAGAUCGAGUCCGUCACCAACAAUGGACCACACGUGUUUUCUGGCACCUUUUCAGGCUCCCUCCACCCGUCUGUCCAAGACGAGUCGGGACGACCGCGACGCGAUCCGUCGACAAUCGUUCAAAUUCUGCGAGACCUGCUCUCUACUGCGAAUCAUCAAUAUCUGCCCGAGCUCCUCCGCAGCCAGAACGGUGUCAUGAUCGGACGACGAGCAAUUGGACACGCUAGAAUCAGACAAUCUGUUCGUAUUGGAUCCUCGAGCUCUCGUCACUCUUCUUCAAAAUCGUCGAGAUCGUCGAAAUCUUCAAAGUCUUCAAGGUCGAGCAAACAGCAACAACCCCCUACGAUCGACCAAAAUUACAUCCAGUGGUUGCAGAAGACGCGCCGCGAGAACGACAUCACGCGCUCUAAAAUGGCCAAGCUACAGGAGCAACUCAAGGAGCGCCGAAAUCGACGACGCAAGGGAGUCAAGGAAGACCUCGACGGAAGCUCUUCGCAACCCUUGGACGCCGAAACAGAAAACGAGACGACGAUGGAGACCUUGACCGUCGGGCUUGGCUCAGUAUCCCCACCGCGCGAUGCCCAAAGUCCAAAACAAACCCUUAACUAUCUCUCUGUAUAG